AUGUCUACCCUUCGAAAUGUUUCACGUAUCUCAAUCAGAUGUCUCCGAUCCCAUCCUCGUCCUCUCACCCGCCCGUUCUCUGUCGUUCCACAUCUCUCCAGUCCGCCAUCUCAAACACGUCAACCACCUCCUGCGCCAGACGCCGAAAGCGCAGCACUCAAGAGUGGUCAACCCUCAACAUAUCUAGGGACCAGAAAACGUCUACCCGAAUUCAAUUUGGUCGAUAAAGUAGUGUGUGUUUCUGGGGCUGGCAGAGGAUUAGGAUUGGUACAGGCGGAAGCUUUAUUAGAGGCCGGUGCUAAAGUAUACGCCCUUGACCGUCUCGAAAGCCCGUCUCCUGAUUUCGAUCGCAUUGCACAGCGCGCGAAGGAAGAACUCGGCACAUCGCUUUCAUACCGCCGCAUCGACGUACGAGAUGUCGAGGGUCUAAAUUCUAUAAUUGAGGAGAUAGCUCAGAAAGAAGGACGAAUGGAUGGCCUGAUAGCAGCAGCUGGAAUACAACAAGAAACUCCAGCUCUGGAAUACUCGGCUAAGGAUGUCGACCUAAUGAUGAGUGUUAACGUAACCGGUGUUUUUAUGACAGCACAGGCAGUCGCAAAACAAAUGGUGAAAUUUGGUAACGGGGGAAGUAUAGUGCUUAUUGCCAGUAUGAGUGGAACUGUUGCCAAUCGAGGUCUCAUAUGCCCCGCUUACAACGCAUCGAAGUCCGCAGUUCUACAACUCGCCAGAAAUCUGGCUAGUGAAUGGGGUGAACAUAGUAUUCGAGUCAACACCAUUUCUCCAGGAUAUAUAGUGACAGCUAUGGUGGAGGAACUUUUUAAGAAAUUCCCAGAGAGGAGGACAGACUGGCCAAAACAAAAUAUGUUAGGGAGAUUGAGUGCCCCGGAAGAAUACAGAGGGGCGGCGGUAUUUUUGGUUAGCGAUGCUAGUAGUUUCAUGACAGGCGCGGAUUUGAGGAUGGAUGGCGGACAUUCAAGUUGGUAA